AACGACGACGACCUCACCAUUCCCAGAGCAGCUAUCAACAAGAUGAUUAAAGAAACUCUCCCCAACGUACGAGUGGCCAACGACGCCAGGGAGCUUGUGGUUAACUGCUGCACAGAGUUCAUCCAUCUCAUAUCCUCAGAGGCCAAUGAAAUAUGCAACAAGUCCGACAAGAAGACCAUAUCUCCCGAGCAUGUCAUCAAUGCCCUAGAGAGCCUCGGUUUCGCAUCUUACAUCACUGAGGUGAAAGACGUCCUGCAGGAAUGUAAAACUGUCGCCCUGAAGAGGAGGAAGGCCAGCUCUCUGGAGAACCUGGGCAUCCCAGAGGAAGAGCUCCUCAGACAACAACAGGAAUUGUUUGCCAAGGCGCGACAGCAGCAGGCGGAGCUCGCUCAGCAGGAGUGGUUGCAGAUGCAGCAGGCGGCCCAGCAGGCACAGAUGGCAGCAGCAUCUGCCAGCGCCGCCCAGCAAGCCGGUUCCUCUCAGGAUGAAGACGAAGAUGAUGACAUGUGAUCCCAGGGCACCAUUCAAGUUGUCCGAAUCCCUUCCUGGGACAGUGUUGGCGCUCGAAUCUCCCAGUGCUGUCAUCAGCAGAGACACGAGACAUGUUUGACUGCUGGUAUACAUCAGUGAAACAUGGAAAAGGCUCACUUGGAAUGGACAGUGAAGAGAAACAUGAAGGGGGAAUUCAAGAUGGCCACAUGUUCAGAUACCAGUACCUGAAAACUAUUUGGAUUGAAAGACUGUUAUUGAAGUUUUUGAUUAAUCUCAUCUUCCCUCCCCACCUUUUUAGUUGCUUCUGUUUAACUAUGUCUUGAUAUUCUGUUGUGAGUAAUUUGUAGAUUUCUGGAUAUGUUGUGGACACACCAAAGCCUGUGAUGUGUUGGCCCCGACGUAUUUGGCACACGUCGGGGGAAUUUCAUUGGUAAUGCAACAAGUUUUUGCACCUUCGGGUACUGCCCAGAUAGCUUGUUUAUGUCUUCUGUAGUGCUUGAUCACAUUCAGUGGUUAAUGAGAGCUGCUCUCGAAUGACUCCAGAGCAUCUGAUUCCUCCUUUCUUGGUGUUCGAUGGUCAUUUUUACAGAGAGGGUUUUCUUUAACCCCCUGUUGGUAUAUUUGUUCAACAGUGGAUCAUUUGAAGGGUUGUGAAUUACUGAGUUUGUUCUGUUAAGUAGAGAAAUAAAUGGAUAUUUUGUUUAAUUUUAGCUCAUUCAGAUACUUUCUGUUGCUUUUUCCAUCUACCUUGAACCACCCACAGUAUUGGCAAUUAGCUACACCUUUGAGAAACUGAAUAUUUUUGUCUCAUAGAACCAAAGAUAGAUGACAGACUAACAGCCCAGAGCUUGUGUUUUUUAAAGGUGUAGGUGCUACUGUGAUUCUCAUUGCUGACUCCAGAUCAGUGUAACUAAUGUUGAGGAAUAUUAACCUAUAACUUUGUAAGAUGCUUUGAUAUCCAGGCAGAAUUUGUUAUUUCCCUUCUCCUAGGGUGAAGUAUCAAACAUUUGCAUUGUGACUGUGGUCAAACCUCAGUGUAAAGACAAGUAACCUAGUUGUGAUACACAUUCACUUGCCUAUACUACGAAGUUGUAUUCUUUAAGCAAUAAAGGAAUCACGUUUUAUA